AUGCCCUGGGAGUACUAUUUUGUCGCCAAUUUGUGCAAGGCCAUUCACCAGUUUUGCAAGCCGGUGUCAGUAAUUGCUCCCAAUGCUCCUCCUCCUGCACCAGGUCCGGCACCCUCUGCUGCUAGCACCCUCACUUCUGCAGUCACUCCUCAUGCCAAAGCCAAACGCACUUGCAAGAUACCCAAGUCCAAGGCUAAUAAUGAGGUAAAGCAAUGUCGCACAUCUAAAUGGUCAUUCAACAAACUCAUCGCCAGUAUGCAGGGCAUGUCAGUUGAUGAGGACAUUGUCAAAAUCAUUACGGAUUCCGGUAAUCCCAUCCCACCUUUGGCCAAGCCACUAGUGCCUACCUCUGUCAUCCCUCCACCUAUCUGCACUAUUCCAGGUACAAACCCCAUUGGGAAUGAUGGUUCUAAGUGCGCUAAAGUCACUCUUAUUGAUUUUGAAGAGGUUGGCAUCGACUCUAACAGCAAGAAGCCUUGUGUUAAACCCUCUGUUGCCAAUCAAGGUGGUAACCCGGUUAUCUCUGUCGUGGAGAAGGCUCUCGCACUCCUUUGCCUUGACUGUGCUGAUUUCAAGUUCUGUUGUGCUUUUGCCCAAUGCUAG